GGUAUCCGAGCAAGUACAUUAGAUGCGUGUACAUACACCACACGCUGCCAGAACAAUGGAAGAUGUAUAGCUACAGAUCAGGGACCAACUUGCGACUGUGAAAGAACAAACUUCACUGGAAUUUAUUGUGAAACAAAACUGGAAGUACCUGAAACUUUUUUCAACGGAAGAAAUGGAAUCAUUUUUCAACUUCGCAAAGGUUUACCAAUUCUCUCGCUGGAGGAUAAAAUUUCAUUUUAUUUUAAAACCCAGAAAUCCUCUGGUAUUCUCUUCUACACAGGGCAUGCCAGUGAUUUUGUGCUGAUCUUUCUGAAAGAAGGGAAAAUAGGUCUAACCAUUCAUCUUAAUUCGGGACAAUUGGACACUGCAAUUAAGCCAAUAGGGGAAUUCUUCAACGAUAACCAUUGGCAUGAAGUGGUAUUGACCAGGAAAACGAGUCAGAUGGCGGACGGUCAGACAAUGUGCCAUGUGACCCUUCUAGUGGACGAGAAGUAUUCUGAAACCUGGAGGUCUGUUGGCCAUCAAAAGUACAUCUUGACAACCAAAAUUUUGUUUGGUGGAAGUGAUGAAGAGAACCAGGAGAAGGUUCUGGAACCAAUCUAUAAUCUAAUUGGUUGCAUGAAGAUGGUCUACUAUGAGGCUGGAUCUAUCAAAUUGAACCUAAUAUCUCUGGCUAAAAAUAACCAACAGAGCGUGAUUAAACUUGGACAUAUUGAUUUUAAAUGCCAGGAUUUACGAACAUCAGUCCCACUACCCUACGUGGAUUUUAUCAACCAGGACAAAAUUUCGAUGGAGGAGGACAGUUCUGAUUACAGCCAAGUUAUUUCACUUUCUGCUAAAAAUUCGUAUCUGGUUCUACCCCCCUGGCGGUUUAAUUCAACGGGUUCUAUCUCUCUAAAGAUUAGAACCAUUGAACCCUCUGGUCUAAUUCUAUUCAACAGUGGAAUCAACGAACAAAAGAAGGAUUUCUUCGCUGUUGAGUUAAUCAAUGGAAAUAUUUUUCUUCAUUUAAACCUUGGUGUUGAUACAAUCAAGAUACAAGCUUCCCAAUCAGAUAAACAGAUUGCAGACGGGAAAUGGCAUAAGAUUGAGAUUAGUAUAAUGAAGCAUCAGGGUAGGAUUACUAUUGAUGAUGAAACAGAGGUGUUUACUAAACCUGGAGACUCUGAAGAGGUCUUUUUAAAUGGACCUUUUUACCUGGGUGGGCUGGACUAUCUGGAAAACAAGAAUUCAUACCCAACAUCAGUCUGGAGUACAUCACUGCAGGAUGGAUAUACAGGGUGUAUAAAAGAACUUUUUGUAAAUGGAGCAGCUGUAGAUUUGGGGGACCUAGCCCACCAACAAAAUUCAGGUUCUAUUCGGUUGUCCUGUCACAGUAUGCCUGGCCAGUGCUAUGACCGACCAUGUCAAAAUGGUGGCAUCUGUAAAGAAAGUUGGAAUAGAUACGAAUGUGAUUGCGACUCAACCAGCUUUACCGGACCUACUUGCAGCAGAGGAGCAAGCACAAUACAGUUUAAUGGAAAGAACUAUCUUGAGAUAAAUCUAGAGGAAGAACUUCUUACCGAGGUUCAUCAAAUUAGUAUCAGAUUUCGGACUACGGAGGAUUCAGGGCUUCUCUUCUUUGCAAGCAGUGGAGUUCAACAAGAUAUAAUAGAAGUAUCUUUACAAGUGGGCAAAGUUAAAGUGAAUUUUAGAAUCGGACUCUUUGAUAAGACUUUCUACAUUGGACAGUCCUUGAACGAUGAUCUUUGGCAUACAAUCAGGCUUUCCCGAAAAGGAAGCAUAAUUGAAGGGUCAGUUGACGAUGAUGAUUCUGUGAAAAGUGAACUCUACGGCUCAGGGCAGGUCAUGUCUUUAAGGUCGUACUUCAUAGGAGGACAAAGUGAUAUAAGCAAGUCCUCAAUUGGCCGGAAUUUUGUUGGACGAAUUCAACAGUUGGUGAUUAAUACAGAACAUUUGAUAGAAGAGUCUCAUCUCCAGCAGAUUCAGUAUCAUGGAAAAGUGAAGUUCCAGCAUGUUGAAGAUGUCAUCUACAAUUCUAUUUCAUUUCUCUCACAUCACACAUAUCUAGGGAUGCCUCAGCUAAAGGUGUACAACAACGUGGAUAUCUUCUUCAAGUUUAAGACGAGCGAGGAGAACGGGUUGUUGAUGUACAACGCCGGGAAGAACAAUGAUUUCCUGGCACUUGAACUAGUUAAUGGACAUGUUCAUUACAUAUUUAAUAUGGGGUAUGGACCUGUGACCUUGAAAGAUAACACUGACAGUUCUCUGGCUGACAACAAGUACCACAGCGUAUGGGUCAGACGGCCCACCAGAUACUCACAGGUUUUAAUAAUCGACAACUACCAUAAAGUUUCCAGUAGUGGAUUAGGAGAAAACUAUUAUCUAAACCUGGACGGAAUCCUUCAUUUAGGAGGAGUCAAAUCUGAGAUGUAUUCUAACCUUCCUUUCCCUCUAACUUCUAAAACAGGGUUUCAGGGCUGUAUGUCGAACCUGGAGGUGAAUGGUGAAGCUAUAGAUCCUAAUAAAGAUGCGCUGGUUCCCAGCCCGCAAGUGAUAAAGGGAUGUCAAGACUCGUUUGCAUAUGAAUUCCUUGGUAAAACGUAUGGACUAAUUACUUAUAAAUACCCGGAGGAUAAACAGCCAGAUACUAAGUCUGACACCCUGACGGUAGGGUUUAUAACUGGAGUGGGUAGCUGUGUCCUGGUUCGAAUAGAUAGCGCUCAAUCAAAUGAUUUUAUAGAACUCAGGCUGGAGAAAGGGUUUGUAGUGGUCGAGUAUAAUCUUGGAACGGAAAGUAUAAUAAUUGCGGAGAAAGCAACAACGUUUAAUGAUGGAGAAUAUCAUGUUGCGAGGUUUGUUCGAGUAGGGCCUAAUGCAACCCUUCAGAUGGAUAAUCAUAAAGAAAUUACAAAAACUCCAGACGGCCGCCAUCUGACUGUUUUUAACUCCCAAUAUUUGGUUCAAAUUGGAGGAAGAUUUCUAGAGGCAAAACAGAUUGUGGAACACCCUUUCCAGGGAGUUCUGGCAGGAUUAAUCUACAAUGGCAAUCAUCUUCUUGAAAUGGCAUUUCAGAAACGAGAUGGAAUUAAACUACGAGGCUCCGUCACGUAUCUUCCAAGUAUUCCGUCUGACUAUAAGGGGAAGGUUGAGGAGUUAACUAAACUGAGAUCUGAAUCUUUAGGACAACUUCAUACCACAGACAAUACAGAGAGUUGGACAAACUGUGACGAUGACGACCUUUGUGAAGGAUCGGGUUCAUCCAACUCAGGAACCAAGAAAAGGGCAGAAAAUACUGGUUUGGGGAGAGGUGUGUACUUUGCCGGUGGAGGAUUUAUGCCAUGUGAUGAUGAUGAGGACAUUUGUGAUUUUGGAUCCGGAGAUUCGGAUUCAAGCAUUUUUACCCCAUCCGAGCAUGACAUACCAGAGUUAGUGACCAUGUCUUCUCCUACCUCCAUUUCUUCUCUUUCUUCUCCUCAAACUACAUUACAAACUGUUACUGAAGAUACAAUCUGGAUAAAACCUGAAGAUACAAAUGAAAAAGACAUUUGGAACGUUAUGCCUAUUGAUGAAACUACCCAGCCAAGUGAGAAAUGCUACGAUGAAAAGCACAAUGUGCAAUGUGACGAAGUGACCCAAUCCCCUACUGAGGCCCCUAAGAAGGAUAUAAGGGGCAUGUCUGGAACAAUGUCCCUUGUGAUCGGUAUUAUCUUGGGAUCGUUUAUUGCCAUGAUCCUGAUCGUCAUAAUUGUUCUGAAAGUAAGGACUGGGGUUGAUAUUACAGAACUGAAGCAGGUGGCUGCACAAGAGGAGAUGAAGAGAUAUCAGUUUUCCUCUCCCUCCGGAACAGAACGCGAGGAUUAUCCCUCCGACACCGGAACCAAAUCCCUUCUCAACGGAACUAAGCACAACAACAACAACAGCUUGUUCAACGGUAGUCUCUCAAACGCCCUAUCUGGGGAUCGCGCAAAGUUAUUUAAAAAAGCAAAUAGUUAUGGAAAGCCUGUUAGGGAAUGGUAUGUUUAAACUAAAAUGUGUAAAAGAAAGGAAAAAUAUUUUUGCAAAUAAACUUGCUGUUAGUUUUACGCUCAAGCUAAAAGAAAAGUUUUUUGGGUUUGGUAUGUAGAAAUAGGAAUCGUAGCGGCGUUUUCAAAUCAUAAAUCAAUCAAUCAAUCAUUUACUUAAUAAUUUAACAUAAUUACAAAAACAAUCAAAAAGAUUUUAAUCAAUAUUUCUGAUGUACAAUCCAUGUCAUAAUAUAUGAAAGUAGAAUAUUAGGAGAAAACAGAUUUAAUCUAAGGAAUGAAAUUUUGCCACAAACUCUAAUUAUUUUGUGGUAAAAACUCAGUUUCUUUGGGACAGUACCAUAGUAGCACCCGGCCCUUGAGAAGGAGUAAGGUUUUUCCAACUUCAUUCCGAAGAUUUUAAAUCCCAAAAUCAUGAACUCUUAGUAAUUUUCAACUGUUUAAUUUUACCAUGUUUAUCUCGUAUAUCAUUGUUAAUAUCUUUAAUAUAUGCAUUUAUGAUUAUAUAUUUUAAUUGGUCCAAGCUGUACAUUUUUUACAUCUAUAUUUCUAUCUUCUUCAUAUAGCUUUUUAUAUUAAAUGUAUCGAAAUAUUGUUAUAAAAUUAUGAAAAGGUUGUUCUUGCCAAAACUAAAAUUGAACUUGACUGUUUUUAUCAACUCCUAGCUUCAGCAACUUUUAACAAAAAUCUUUCCAAAACUUUAAAUCAAAACUUUGAAACCAAUUAUUACUUCAUUAGAUAAGGAGCUCUAAGCUUGUCCUUUAAGCAUAUCUUUCAUUUUUAAGGUUUCAAACUUUUAGUUUAAAGUUUUAAUUGUCCGAUGCUUUUUUGUUCUGUGUCCUAUUCUACAACAAAAACCAGAGCUGUAAACAAAUAUGGUUAAACUAGUAAACAAUCAAGAAAAGACCAAUUUUCUAAAAAGUCACAAAUCUUAAUUUUUAAUUUUUUUCCUCCUUAAAGAACUGGUUUUUGUCGUAUACAAAUAGUUUGUCUGUUCCAAAACAGAGUUGGAUUUUAUCAUCUUUUAUUCAAUAAAUAUG